UCACUUUUACGGAAAUUAAAAGUAAUUUCUUGCCUGAAUAUCACAUUUUUCAAUUGAGACUUUUUAUUAUAAAAUAGAUAAUAAUGAAUUUUCUGCUUCUCCAAUGGACUCGGUCGGGUCUGUCAAUUCCACUUCGCAAGUGAUCCCGGAAGUGUCGUGUCAUUGCACCUCUGGUUUACACAUUCUUUGUGAUAUAGUAGCUGUGAGUGCCGGCCAAUAACAACUGACAGGCAAGAACAGGAUGCGUUUUGUCCCUCAGGUAUGGACUGGGGAGCUGUUUUUACAUCUUUGGAGGCAGUUUGUAAGGAAAACAUCACUGCAUUGUCUAGCCCUCCUGACCUGCUUUAUGGUGAUGCAUCCAGGCGCUUGGUAACCUGCAUGAGAAAGAUCCAGGACCAUGGCCAGGCCCUCAAACCCGUAGUUUCUUCUUUCACUGCAGUCUACCACCACUAUGACUUUGACUCAGAUACCCCUGGGAAUGGGUAUCGCACACUGGUCAAGGUUUUGCGGUCUUGCCUUCUGCACAUCAUCCAAAAGGGCCACUAUAUUGCCUCUAACUAUAAUGGGGCGUUCUUCAGGGCUGACCACAAUGCCUCAGAGAUGGAAGCCUACUGUAGUGCCCUCUGUCAGCUGCGGGCCCUACUCUACCUUGCCCAACAUCUACUUCACAACAAUGAUCAUGGACAGCUGUACUCCCUGCAGGACGGAGAGCUGAGCAAGAGGUUUGUGAGGGAGUACACCUCCAUGCACAAGGCCUGUUUUUAUGGCCGUUGCCUUGGUUUUCAGUUCUUGCCAACCCUUCGUCCCUUCCUGCAGACAGUCGUAAUAAGCAUGGUCACGUUUGGAGAGCGCUAUGGAAAACAGCAGUCUGGGUUUGGCAUGGCAGCAUUCUCCCUUCUUACUUCUGGGAAGUAUGUAAUUGAUCCAGAGCUACGAGGAGCUGAGUUUGAGCGUAUCACCCAGAAUCUGGACAUGCAGUUCUGGAAGUCCUUCUGGAACCUGACAGAAUCAGAGCUUCUAUCGGGCUUGGUGAGUUUAGCCUCUAAUCUAGUGCAGGUAAACCUCACCCUGACCAUACCUCCUGAACCAUUGAGCCUCCCCCUAGCCUCAGACCCCAAACUAUUUGCUCCUGUGUCCCCCCCGUUGGCUCAUUGGGGCCCUGGACCAGUCCACAUGCGGCUCAUCUCCUAUGAGCUUCGGGAAGGACAGGACAGUGAAGAGCUGCUGGACUUCACUCGUACCAAUGCUCCCCCGAUUUCUGUGUCUUUGCUGCCAUUUGGUGCCCAGAAGCACCCUCCCUCCCCCUGGCUGCUGGUUCACUUCCAUGGAGGAGGCUUUGUGGCCCAGACCUCAAAAUCUCAUGAGAACUAUCUCAAGAGCUGGUCCAAGGACCUGAAUGUCCCCAUUGUGUCUGUGGACUACUCCCUAGCCCCUGAAGCACCCUUCCCCAGAGCCUUAGAGGAGUGUUUCUAUGCCUACUGUUGGGCCCUCAAGAACUGCCGUCUUCUGGGAUCCACAGCUGAACGUGUGUGUCUGGCUGGGGACAGUGCUGGGGGCAACCUGUGCAUCACUGUGUCCAUGAGGGCCAUGGCCUGUGGCGUGCGUGUCCCAGAUGGUAUUAUGGCCGCUUACCCAGCUACCCUGCUCACCACUGAUGCCUCGCCCUCCCGCCUGCUCACGCUCAUUGACCCACUGUUGCCCUUAGGUGUACUUUCCAAGUGCCUCAAUGCCUAUGCAGGUGUUGACUGUCAGACAGUUCAGCCAACAGAGGGGACAACCACAUUAAGUUCUUUAGGUAGAGACACAGCCUUGCUGAUCGGUGACCUCACAAUGGGGGCGUCCAAUUGGAUCCAGUCUUUCCUUCCUGCAGAGGUUGUAGGGUCACUGUCCUGUUCACACCAGAGGUCCCUCAGCAACGAGGCCCACCAGAGAUCAUUUUCACCUUGUACAUCGGACUUCUCAGGUCCCAGGCACCAGAGGGACUACCCUGAAGGCUUUGAGCCCCUUCGCUCUGAGCGCCUGGCUGUAAUCCAGACUCCUAGCUAUCCCAUUGUCAAGAACCCAUUUGUAUCUCCUCUGCUGGCCCCUGAAGACCUGCUGAGAGGACUUCCACCCGUGCACUUAGUGGCUUCUGCACUGGAUGCCUUGUUGGAUGACUCUGUGAUGUUUGCCAAGAAACUGCGGGACAUGGGCCAACCAGUGACCCUAAGGGUGGUUGAAGACCUCCCACAUGGCUUCCUCAGCCUAUCUGGACUAGCCAAGGAGACACAAGUAGCCUCAGACAUCUGCGUAGAGCGAAUCAGAGAGGUGUUUCAGCAGCAAAGCUCACCUUCCAGUACUUGCAAGUGAUCAAAUCUUUUAAGGACCAAUCACUUGGCUGGCUUAUAUAGAGGGGCCAACCUGCCUUCAGUGGAGUCCCCAGAAAACUAAAAAUUCUGAUUUUACAUUUUCAACCAAGCUUGUUUUUGCCUAAAGUCCGGAUGUUGGAAUUCCACUCAAUUGUGUCUUUUUUACCUUCAUCAUGAGUUUACGGCAGACAAGCAGCCUAAUAAAAUGUUGUGGAAAGACAAUUUGUCCUAAAAGAGGCGUAAAAGAUGAGAGACUGCAGCUAACUGGUUUUUAAUAUAACCCUGUUUCCAAAACCUUUAAGACGCUGGGUAAAAUGCAAAUAAAAACAGAAUGC